CAAGUCGUUCGUCGUGAAAUAUAUCCAACAUUAUCGGGUACGUAUAGUGACGUUUGGCGAUCAACAUGGUACCAUGACAAGCGAAAGCGUGAUGUUGCGGUCAAGUCACUGAAAAUCCCAUUCUCGAAUGAGGAUGAGAAGUGUAAGAAUUGUCAAGUCUGUUGUUUCGUUUGUGUCCAAGAAAACUCACUCACGGAUAACUUAGAACCUAAUGGGUAAAAUAUCACGUUGGGCGCAAUUACAUCACAAAAACGUUCUGCCACUAUAUGGAUUUGCACACGAUUUUGGGCACUUUCCGUCACUGGUGACGCCUUGGGUGGACGAGGGGUCGUUGAAUGAUCACAUCGCUAAUCAUCAUUUGUCACUGCCGAGCAAGUUGGAUAUCGCCAAACAGGUAGUAGCUGGCCUUGGCUAUCUACAUGCUCAUUCCAUUGUGCACGGAGAUAUCUCUGGACAUAACAUCCUGGUAGACCAUCAGGGCAGAGCGCAAUUAUCCGACUUUGGAGCUAUGUUAUUACUCGCGGAAAUCCCAACUCCGGCGCAGCCAUCUGGAGGUGUUCGCUCAGCGGUUCGAUGGACUGAUCCCCAGUUAUUCGAGGCGCAGAGAGGCGAAAUCGACCCAUGCAUCCCAACGGAGCAGACUGAUAUCUAUUCAAUAGGCAGUGUUCUCCUGCAGUUGCUCACAGGAUCAAUACCUUACUACGAUAUCAAGGAUAACAUUCGUGUCCUUAUAUUAUCUUCUACAGGCGUAAAGCCAAAAUGUCCUCCAGAAACGUUUGUCACUGGUGCACAGUGGAGUUUUAUUCAAAGAUGUUGGUCACCUCGUGGACUUUCUAGUCGUCCGACUAUCGAGGAAAUAGAAGAAUUUCUAGAGUCCGAGCUUCGGAUGGCAGGUUUACCUUAGCGCAGGACUUGAUCCCCACUUUAUUCGGUGUUGAUUGGACCUAGGGAAAGA